AUGGGUCGAAGAAAGAUCGAGAUCAAGGCCAUCAAGGAUGACCGCAACCGCUCCGUGACCUUUCUCAAGCGAAAGGGCGGCCUGUUCAAAAAGGCACACGAACUCUCUGUCUUGUGCUCCGUCGAUGUCGCCGUCUUCAUUUUCGGUAACAACAAAAAGCUGUACGAAUACUCUUCAGCCGACAUGCAGCAUCUCAUUACCAGAUACCAAUAUCACGGUGGUCCCAACGAGCACAAGGGGCCUUCCGACUUUAAUGGUGGCCAGAAUGACGACGACGACGAUGAGGAUGGCGACGGAACGCCUCCUCGAGAUGGAAUGGACGGCACUCAUAUGAUGCCUCCUCAUUUUCAAAAUCAGGCCCCCCCACCUUUCCCCCAUAUUCGCCAUCAAACAGCGUCGGUGUCGCCUCCCAUCCCCAACGGCGUGCCCUUCCAAGGCCAUCCUGCUCAUCUCCAGCGAAGCCAUACACCGCAACCUGCCGUGCCAUCGCGACCGGGUUCGAGAGGAGAUAUGCGCCGCAUGGGCCCUGGCAUCAUGUCCCAGCCUGUUGGGCCUCAUGGGCCUCAUCCGGGCAUCACAUACAUGCCCACGCCACCCAUCUACAACCCUGCCGCUAACAAUCAGUCCAACCUUAUGCCGCCUCAGCCUGGCCCUUAUCCGUUCCAGCCUCCGCAGCAGCAACAGCCAUAUAUGGAAGAACGAAGGCCAUCUGCACCUCCCACCUUCAGUGCUCAUCCGCCGCCCCAGCCACUGCCAGUAGGCCCGCGCACAGAACAACCCUCUCCUCAACCGCCUCACCAACUGCUGCCUCCACACUCCAUGCCUCAUACCACCUCACCCCAGCCGGCACGUCGUCACCUAGACCCGCAGCCUCCUCCACCAGUCGAGCCAAGGGCAGAGUCAGCAGAGAGGCCUAAAGCGCCACUCAUCAACACGGAUACGGCUAUCAAGAAGAUGUCCCAGCGCAAAUCCCACAGCAUCUUUACACCAAUCGAGGAAAACAGAUCUAUUCUAUCCCAACAUUUGGCCUCCUUUGCCUCUGAGUCUCAGUCCAUGAAGAAUGAGACUGGAAUCUCUGCGCCUGCAAACCCAAACCGGUCCCAGUCGGCAGAUAACGGGGCUACAGUUCGAAACGGAGAAACAGCUUCACCACAUCUACAGCAACGAUCCAACUUACGCAAUACGUCGGUGUCCUCCCUUCCUGAUACACCAUCCCAGACCAGUCUGAAGAUCAAUACAUCCGUAGGAGGCACAAGACCGAAGCCGCCUCGCCUGACGGUGCAAAUUCCUGAUGGCGGAUCCGAAGCCGGGAGCGCCACAGGAGACUCCAACUCACCUCGGAAUCCGGCAGACGGAGUCUCUCACGCACCGCAUCGACACAGUAAUGUGGUCCUCCCUCCGCCUUCUCCAUCCGCUACAACGCUGUUGUCUGCGGGGGCAACAGGGCCUCCCAAUCCUUUUGCUCGGCCCGUCCCUCAGCAGAACGUUAACGGUGACACGCCUGUUUCAGCCCUUCCCUCUCGAUUCCUGAACAACGAGCUACUGCCAAGCCCCAGCAGCUUCUAUCCAGAGUGGAAUUUCAGAGGCAGUGAUAACAACACCCUGCCUAGCCCUCUCAACUUUGCCACGCCCGUGGUGGGCACCGGGCCAAGCUUCCUCCGAGACGACAGCCAUUUGUUAGGCGGAUCCGGCUUGGCAAAACGAAAGAGUCCAGAUCUUGAGGCGACUGGCCAUGAUGAGAACCACGAAAUGGCUAGCGAUCCUAAGCGCCUGAAAGUGGAACGAUAG